UUUGGAGAUCCGACUGAGCUCAUGGCAGGAAGCGAUUCACAUAGGCAAUUCCUGGCACUAAUUCGUGAUUAUUCUACUGAAAAGGCUCAAGGAGAGCGGAGAAUUGUGAAUGGGAGAAAACGAAUCGAAGAACUGAUUUCCGAGCUAGAUGCUUCAAAUAAGGAGCUAGAUAAAGCAAAGCGCGACAAGGAGGCGGCUGAACAAGCGCUCAGAGGCUAUGAAGUUGAGUUAUCCAUGAAUGAAGCUUCGAUCCAAGCACUAGAGGCGAGGAUUGCUGUCACUAACGACGAGAUAUCAAAACAUGGCGCCGCAACGUCUAUUCUCAUGGGUGAAGAAAGUUCCCUACGAGACAGUUUUAUUGCUAAAAUGCUUGAGCUUAAUGCACAUAUAAGGAAAUUUCAGGUGAUGCUAGCCUCUGUUGUCAACGCAGAUAAUUGCUCUGAAGCUAGAUUGGAUGGCGGCGUACAUGAUGCUCAACAGACCAGAUUGUUUCUAGAGAGCAAACUUGCCAAACUAAUCUCGCAAACAAAUGAGGAGGAGCAACAAUAUGAAUCUGAAAAACUAAUUAAUGAUCAGCUUCAACAAGAGUUAUCCACCUUAGAAAAGAGUGCUUCACUGCUGGAGUCCAUUAUGAAAGAAAGAAAGGAGCUGCAAGAUUUGAGAAGAUAUCCUUUUGAUUAUGUCAGUUUGUUUUUGGUUGUUUGACCUCAUCCAGUCCCCUAAAUAAUCAGCUAAACCUAACCUCAAUUAAGUUAGAAGUCUUAACAGGUGAAAAUGGAUUAUGAAGGGCUGUCUGGGUAAGCACAAUCUAAAUAGUCAUUCAUAACGGGUAUCUUAUCAUAAAAUUUUCAAACUAUAUUUCUUUCUUUUAUUGCAAAUGGACUUAACGAUCUAUCUGACCAUACAUAACCGAAAGGAUCGCAAUGCCUGUCUUCUACCAAAAACAAAAAUAAGAAUAGAAAGAAAAGGAGAAACAAUCUUCAAAUAUUGACUUUCAGUCUGUAAACCACAUGGUUCACAUUAUAUUCUGACCGGGGUGAAAUACUUCAUUUCGUUCUUUUGGGGAUUAGAAAACUUCGUUCAAGAUUCAUCAAUGGUGCAAAUAUUAUUAGUUCUUUUACUUUUCCUCUGUAACUUUGAACUGUCACGAUAGAGUGUAGGUUCUUCUUCCAUCUUAUUCCUUGACUGGAAGUAAGCAGAGACAAGAAAUGGGGGAAGAGUGUGCUGCACUUGGUGAAGAGCUGAAACAGAGAUGUAUUUGUCCCAACUGUCACAAGGAUAAUUCAGCAGAACUUGGUGAUCUUCUUCAGAUAAGCAGUGAAAGUUAACAUCUUCCUUAUAAGUAGUUUAAUUGGCUUUUCACUCCGUUGCAUGGAAAAUAAUUCAAAAUAUACUUCUACAGAAUAAUUUCCUAAGGCAAUGCAGACUGCUAUAUCAGUUGGUUCUUCUGAUGAAUAAUUUGAUGCAUAUUGAUGUAUAGAGCUCAUGUGACCUCAUAACCAAAAAAGUUGUGCUACAACUUUCUGACAGCAUGCAUAAGCUUUCAU